AUGUCUGGAUCAAAUUCAGACUUCGAUAUUUCACAGGCGCUUGCUGAUCUCGCCAAGGGCGAAAUGACUGCAUCGGCCUUAGAAAACAAUCUCAGCACAAUCGAAGGCAAAGUUGAUGAGCUUCUGGCCCUCUUUGAGAGACAAGAAGCUGCGCUGGGGGCCACCACCGAAACAGAACCCCAGAAUAUCGAGAACGAGACUUCAUGCACUAGCCAUGAUCAAACAGAGGAAUUAAAUAGUCCAUCCAAAUGA